AUGCCAGCAAUUAAUUGCAGCAUUCUUCCACCAAAGAAGCAUCCCAAGGAGGCGACGGCGGCCGGCGGCGGCGGCGGUUUGCCGGCGCCACGUUCCGGCAACAUCGCAUCGUCGCCGCCGUCUUCUUUUUCGUUCCAAGAGCUAUCAAACGCGACGGACAACUUCAGCUCACAAUGUCUCCUCCGGAGAGAAGAGUCGGGAUCCGUAUACAAAGGGACUCUCCGAGGCGGCGAGCUUGUCGCAAUCAAGAAGCUCGACGGCAAUGUCCGGCAAAGCAAUAUGCGUCUCUUGGUCGAGGUUCUAAUCCUCAAUUGCCUAACCCAUCCCAACAUCGUCAAAAUGAUCGGCUAUUGCUCGGAUUCUGACCGGAGGCUCCUCGUCUAUGAGUAUCUCCCGGCCGGGUUGUUACCCGACCGCCUCCACGAUCCGUCGCCGGGACAAAACCUUCUCGAUUGGGCGGCGAGGAUGAAGAUCGCGGCUGGCGCUGCAAAGGCAUUGGAGUAUUUGCACAACAAGGCUAAGCCUCAAGUAAUAUUCCGGGAUUUCAAGACAUCGAGUGUGUUGCUCGACAACGGCGAUUGGCCUAAGCUCUACAACUUCGGGCUUUCGAAGAUAUGCUCGAUCAAGAACGAGCCACAUAGGGUUGUCGGGACUCAAGGCUAUUGUGCUCCCGAGCAAGCGGAGCCGGGCCAAUUGUCGAUCAAGUCCGAUUUAUAUAGCUUCGGGGUCGUCUUAUUGGAACUCAUAACCGGUCGCAAAGCCAUCGACACCUCCAAACCCGAGGGGGAGCAAAAACUCGUCCAAUGGGCACGAAAAUAUCUUGACGAUGGUAAGAACCUCGAGCAAAUUGCUGAUCCGAGGAUGGAAGGAAAGUUCCCGAGGCGCGGGCUUUACCAAGCUUUGAUGGUGGCUUCGUUGUGCAUCCGCGACGAUCCAAACGGCCGGCCCCUAAUAAGCAAUGUGGCGACCGCCCUCUCGUAUCUUGUGACUCAAUCGAACUUUCCCGAUGACGACGGCGGCGGCGGCGACAAAAAUGUCGAGAGUAGCUUGAACGUUGGAUGA